AUGGGCGGGCCUCUUUAUGCACGCAUCGACUGGAGCAAACAGGCUGCUAGGAUGGGACGGUCCCGUCCUGCCUCUUUGCCAGCAUCAAACGUGUCCAUCGGUCUAUCAAACGAGGGUCUGCUUGCUUCAACUAAAGGGGUGCCACCCGUAUUCCAGCUGGUGCCCAGGGCCUGGAGUGCACGUGAGUGCCACCUUGGCUUGCUCCGUGACCCAUCGACCAUCGACAUCGACAUCACAUCUACACCAUCUACACCAUUUGACCACCAUCGACCACCCGCCAGCGCCCUUCUCCCCCAUCGCCGUCGUGCCUCUCGCUGGUCCUCUCGCGUUCCAGUCGUCACCCGGAAGCGGACCGUCUUCCACACGUCCAGAGACACCCUCGUUUUAGACCUGUUCCGUCUCUCCGCGGAGAGCGAACUCGAAUUUCUCGCAGACUCCUCCAUCAUCACUCCCGCACAGCUAUCCUCCAUCCUCGAACAGCUACCCAGCCAGACACAGCUGCAUGCUCCAUUACGUCAAUCGGCCGCCGAGACUUCAUACUCACCCCCGGCAGCUCAGAUGUCCAGAGUCAACCUGAACGAGAAGUCUGAAAGUCCAUACUCGAGCCCACCGCCGCCUCCAACAUAUACCUCUACUCCUCCAGUCCUGUCUCUCGCCUCCGCGCUCUACGCCUACACGCCAACAGAUGCUGGUGACUUGGCACUGCAGCCUAACGACCGCAUCCAGGUGCUCGAACACAUGAACAACGACUGGUGGCGUGGCAGAAACGAGCGAACACACCUCGAGGGUAUCUUCCCACGGACAUACGUCAGCGUAACAGAGGAAAAACCGAUCAUCCACUCUCCCCAGCCCAUCAGCUACAACAAUAUGCCAUAUGAGGUAUCACAGUCCGGCACAUCGUCACACGGAAAGGUACCAACCAAAUUUGAAGAGAACGGCAAGAAAUUCGGCAAGAAGAUGGGCAACGCAGCUAUCUUUGGUGCUGGCGCCACCAUCGGCUCAAACCUCGUCAACGGCAUCUUCUAA